AUGACUCAAUCACUUCAAACAAAAGAAGAUCAAGGCUUCCAGAUUUAUGAUAUCAGUUCUGAAGAGGAAGACACAAAUUAUGAAGAUCAUUCUGAUUCUGAGACAACAACUUUGCCCCAGGAAGAAAUAAGUGUCCAAACAGUUCAAGAUGAUCAUAGUGCUCAGGUGCUAAAAAUGGCAACUAUAUUUCAAAAUAUAUUUGAAGAUAAACCAUUGAAGAAGGGAUGGACCAAAUCCAAACGCCCUGAAUACAUUGAUGAGGGUGAUCCAACCUUUAAGUGUGAACACUGUGGCGCAAUAAUGUGGUACGGAGAACGCAUUGAGAAAAAAAAGAAGAACAAAUCACCUAAAUUCGCUUUGUGUUGUGGACAAGGUCAAGUUCAGUUGCCAUUACUGAAGCAAUCACCCGUGAUUCUAAGGAAGUUGCUAAAUGAUGACGAUGAGAUCAGCAGAUACUACCGGGAAAACAUCAGGCAAAUUAAUAUGGUUUUCUCUUUUACUUCUCUUGGUGGUAAAAUUGAUCGAUCAGCUCCACAAGGACAUGGACCAAAGAUGGUCGUUCUUCAAGGAGAGAAUUAUCACUUAAUGGGUAGUUUAAAACCACCACCAGGAGGAGAUCCUAAGUUUGGCCAGCUCUAUAUUGUGGACACUGAGAACGAAAUACACAACAGGGCAUCUAUUAUCGGGAAAUAUAAAACAAAGCGUGAGAAGGCUAAAAAGGAAAGAUUGAGUGAGCAAGUUAUUGAGAGGUUAGUCAAGAUGCUAGAUGAAGUGAAUCCAUAUGUUCAUCAGUUUAGAUCAGCCAGGGAAAGGUUUAAUACCUAUCCAGAGGAAACACUGCAUAUGAGAAUUGUUAGUAGUCGAGAAAAGGACGGAAGGACAUAUGAUACUCCUACUACAUCUGAGGUUGCUGCACUGAUUCCCGGAGAUUUCAAUUUGGACAUGGAUAGAAGAGAUAUUGUGUUAGAAGAAAAGCAAUCAGGAUUACUUAAAAGGAUUGAUGAAAUCCAUCCAUCAUAUCUCGCACUUCAAUACCCUCUCAUAUUUACAUAUGGUGAAGAUGGAUUCAGACUUGGUAUUCAAAAAAGAACAACUGAGGCGACAGCCAAGCAUAAGAGGCAAACAAUCAGUAUGAGACAAUGGUAUGCUUUUCGGCUUCAGGAAAGAGAGAAUGAGUCGCAUACGCUUCUACAUUCAAAGCGGUUGUUUCAGCAAUUUUUGGUUGAUUCCUAUACUACUAUAGAGUCUAACAGGCUACGUUAUCUGCGACUGAAGCAGAAGUGUCUAAGAUCAGAUACUUAUGACUCUAUAAAGCAAGCUGAGAAUGAUGGGAAAAUCGAUAUGCAUGACCAGGGAAGUCACAUUGACAAUAUCAUUUCAGCUGAAAUUCCGGAUAAAGAUAAAGAGCCAGAGCUUUUUGAAGUUGUGAAAGAUAUGAUGAUUCAUGGUCCUUGUGGAGCUGUUAACAUGAAUUCACCUUGCAUGGAGAAUGGAAGAUGUUCUAAGCUUUAUCCUAAAAAUCAUGUUGAGAAAACUACUGUGAACAAAGAAGGAUUUCCUAUUUACAGAAGAAGAGAACAGCCUGAUCGCUUCAUUGAGAAACAUGGCUUCAAAUGUGACAACAGAUAUGUCAUUCCUUAUAACAGGGAUCUGUCACUUCGUUAUCUAGCUCACAUUAAUGUGGAAUGGUGUAAUCAGACUGGUUCUAUUAAGUACUUAUUCAAGUAUAUUAAUAAGGGACAAGAUCGGUGUACUGUAGCUGUUGAAAAUCCAGCAAAUGCUAAACAGCAAGGAGUAUCUAAUAAGACUGGCUCUACUGAAGCUUCAACUGAAGAGAUGAAAAACGAAAUUAAAGACUUCUUCAACUGCAGAUAUGUAUCUGCGUCUGAAGGUGGAUGGAGAACGUUUAAGUUCGCUAUACACUAUCGGUCCAUACCAGUUGAGAGAAUACAGUUUCAUUUACCAGGAAAGCAAAUAAUUGUUUUCAAAGAUGAUGACACAUAUGACGAAGUAACCAGUCGUGUUCUUAUUGAGAAUACUAUGUUCCUGGGCUGGUUUGAGCUAAACAAGGUCAGUGCUGUUGCUCGGAAACUAACUCUAGCUGAAAUCCCAACCAUGUUUAUUUGGAAUAAAAAAGAUCGGAAGUUUACUGAGAGAAAGAAAGGAUUCAAGAUUGGAAGAAUCAACUACGCUCCACGGAAAAUAGAGCAGGCAUUUUAUUUGCGAGUUUUGCUGAAUAUUGUAAGAGGUCCCACGUCUUUUGAGGACAUCAAAACAUUUAACAAUGUUCUGUAUUCACCGUACAAAGAGACGUGCUUUGCUCGGGGUUUGUUAGAAGAUGAUCAAGAAUACAUAGACGACAUUGUGAGGCAGAGUUUCACAAGUUCAGCUUCGUAUAUGCGUCAAGUAUUUGUGGUCAUGCUCAUGUCUAAUAGUUUGUCGGAACCAGAGGUUGUAUGGGAAAACACUUGGGAAAUUCUAUCUGAAGACAUUGAGUAUCGUCGUAGAAAGCUAUUAAAUAGACCAGAUCUAUGUUUGAGUGAUGAGGAGAAAAAACAGUUUACUCUUCAAGAGAUUGAGAAGAUUCUAAAGAGCAAUGGUACUUCUCUUGAGGCAUGGGAAUCUAUGCCAAAGCCAAUAUCAGAUUUUAAUCAUCAUGAGAAUGUUUUGAUUAUGGACGAGCUUGGUUAUGACAGAGACCAGUUAAAGGCUGAACAUGAUCGAGACUUUUUAAAACUGACAGCUGAACAAAGAGGGAUUUAUGAUGAGGUUCUUGGUGCUGUCUUAGAAAAGAAAGGAGGCGUUUUUUUUGUGUAUGGUUUUGGUGGGACUGGUAAAACCUUUUUGUGGAGAUUGCUGUCUGCUGCUAUUAGAUACAGAGGAGAAAUCUGUUUGUGUACUGCAUCAAGUGGGAUAGCUUCGUUGCUUCUACCAGGGGGAAGGACAGCACAUUCUAGAUUUGGAAUUCCAAUCAAUCCUGAUGAUUUUUCAACUUGCACACUAAUUCCAGGAUCUGAUCAAGCAAAUUUAAUUAAAGCAGCUUCUUUGAUCAUCUGGGACGAAGCGCCAUUGAUGAGCAAGCACUGCUUUGAAUCUUUGGAUAGAAGUAUGACUGACAUUGUUGGGAACAAGGACUAUUUGCCUUUCGCUGGGAAAUUUGUUGUCCUAGGUGGAGAUUUUAGACAAGUUUUGCCUGUCAUUCAUGGAGCAGGAAGAGCUGAAAUCGUUUUGGCAUCUUUAAAUUCCUCUUAUCUUUGGAAACAUGUAAAAGUGUUGACACUAACAAAGAACAUGAGGCUAAUGUCGACUGAUUUGUCUCCUGAAGAAGUGAAGGAUUUACAGGAGUUUUCCCAGUGGAUAUUAGAUGUUGGAAAUGGAAACAGUGGAGAAGGAAAUGAUGGGGAGGCUCUAAUCGAUAUUCCAGAAGAGUAUCUUAUUCUUGAUGUAGAUGAUCCGAUUGAGUCUAUAGGCAAAGCUGUGUAUGGCGACACCAUUUCUUUGCAGCAGAAUAAAGAGCCUAAGUUUUUUCAAGAAAGAGCAAUACUCUGUCCUACUAAUGAGGAUGUGGACAAGAUUAAUCAGCACAUGUUGGAUAAGUUUGAUGGUGAGGAACAGAUCUACUUAAGCUCAGAUACGAUAGAUGCUUCGGAUAGGUUUGGUUAUAAUGACAAAGCUCUCACUCCAGAUUUCUUGAACACCAUCAAAGUUUCAGAUCCUAUUGGGGGACUAAUGAAUGGGACUCGGCUUCAGAUUACAGAGAUGUAUGACAAAAUUAUAAAGGCCAAAGUGAUAACAGGAGAUAAGGUUGGGCGAAUUGUUCUUAUUCCUAGACUUGCUAUUACCCCUUCUGACAAUAAGCUACCUUUCAAAAUGAGGAGGAGGCAACUUCCUAUUGCUGUGGCCUUUGCCAUUACAAUUAAUAAGAGUCAAGGCCAAUCACUCUCCGAAGUUGGUAUUUUCCUACCAAGGCCUGUCUUCUCUCAUGGCCAACUAUAUGUGGCUAUCUCAAGAGUUACAUCUAGAAAAGGGUUGAAGAUUUUAAUUGUGGACGACCAAGGCAAGCCUCAGAGACAGACAAUGAAUGUUGUUUUUAAAGAGAUUUUCCAGAAUCUCUGA